UCCAUCUCCUCCUCCUCCUCUGCUACAAACUGCUGCUGAGGAAACACAGCCAGAGGAUUUAUGCCCUGCCCAGCAGCGGCUUUGCCUAUUUGAUGAGGUGACCUAUGCAUACCAAGUAGUUAUAAGUCCGGGGAUCUCCCCGUGUUUUUGUUUAGCAUGAGCAUGGAAGAUUAUGACUACCUGUUCAAAAUAGUUCUGAUAGGAAACGCUGGAGUUGGGAAGACAUGCCUUGUCCGGCGCUUUACUCAGGGCCUUUUCCCACCUGGACAAGGGGCUACUAUUGGAGUAGAUUUCAUGAUUAAAACCGUGGAAAUUAAAGGGGAGAAGGUCAAGCUGCAGAUAUGGGACACAGCUGGACAGGAGCGAUUUCGCUCCAUUACUCAGAGUUAUUACCGUAGUGCCAACGCCCUCAUUCUCACGUAUGACAUCACUUGUGAGGACUCCUUCCGGUGCCUUCCAGAGUGGCUGAGGGAGAUUGAGCAGUAUGCCAACAACCAGGUGGUGACUAUAUUAGUCGGUAAUAAGAUAGAUCUGGCAGAGAAGAGAGAGGUUCUUCGGCAGAGGGCCGAAGACUUCGCUGAGGCUCAGAGCAUGCUCUAUCUGGAGACCUCAGCCAAAGAGUCCGACAAUGUUGAGAAACUUUUCCUUGACUUGGCCUGCGAACUCAUUCGCGAGGCCAAGCAGAACAAGCUGGAUAACAAUGACACUGCCCCGAUGCCCGGUGAGGGUAAAACCAUCAGUUACUUGAGCUGCUGCAACGUCAAUUAGGGAGAGCCCAGACUUCUGGUCAUUUUAACUCAGUAGCCAUAGACUGUAGAGGGCAGAUUGUCAAGGCCUCCGUCCCUCUAAGAUGGCGUGAAGCCACUUUUUAGUCCCGUCAUUUCUAGUCCUGGGCUUUUUUAAAAGCUGUACAAGGGAGUUUAGUUUGGCCUUCAAGGAACAAGCAUUUUAGAUGUUGCCAAUGCAACGGGAUGUAGAGUAUGUCUGCCUGAUGCAUCCAGGAAUCUGAUUAGGGCUCCAUUUUGUCCUCUUUGUAGGGAAAUGGCAAAAUGUUUUUGUUUGGAUCCACUUUCAUUAAACAUCAGUAUUCACCAGCAGUCAGUAUUACGUGAGUAAAAAUUUCAACCAGGUAUUUUGUUACAGAUUCUACAUAGCUGACAACAAGUGUCAUGAUCAUCCGAGGUUAUCAGCAAAUGGUAACUAAAUGUUUACAGACAGUACAUUGAGUCGCGUAAACUUACACAAAAACCUGUUGCACAAUCAGUUAUUCCCACAAGGUAUUUUGCUCUGAGCCUUGCAGUCAACUUGCUGGCUUUCGUAAUCUCAUUUCUGCGUAGUUAUUUGAACCCAACACUUCAAACUGUGAAGUAUUUUUUCCCACUAGAAAAUUUGUACUUGCUGCUAAAAUAUGUUCUAUUGUGUCAGAUAACAUCAAUUAUAUGUGUUGAAAUACACAUAUAAAUACUACAUUGAAAGAGUAUUCAGUGACACCCUCAUUGUUAUUAUUUGCAUACUGGCAGUGCUUGCAAUUAGUUGGUUGAUGUAGAAUAAAGAAGUUGGGAAAGCCUUAGAUAUUGUCAGUCAUCAGAAGUUAUUAACAGUUUAAUCAAUUGCCUUUUUUAUUGGACUGUCAGCUGUUAUUUUUAUCCAUAGACAUGAAUAUGUCUGGCUUUUGUGGUUGCUGCCUAGCCAUGAAAUUGUAUCACUUCUUAUUUGUGUGAAGGGGUAUGUUCAUGUAUUGUAUAUGACGUUGUACUUCAUAUGCUUUUAUUGUAAAUCUUUUGAUUGUCCAGCAUGUUGUUUUCCAUAAUUUGUAGUGUUUAACUUGAUCUUUCAUAAAUCUGACAUAACUGUAAUGUACUGUAUUGCACAAUGCCGCAUACUGCACACUUAUUUUUGUUGUAACAUUUUCUUGUACAGACUUGUAGUACUUCUUCGCACUUUGCUUUUAUACGUUUUAUUUUCAGUAAUCCCUUUGUAAAACUGGCGAGCAGUUUGUUUUGCCUUUUACCUUAGACUUAACAGCAGUGACGUAUUGUUAAUCCAUUUCAUCUUCUUGUCAACACAAAUGGCUAAUACAAAGGAAAACACUA